CUAGCUCUUACCCUUUGACUCGUGGUCAGGAGUUGUCCAGAGCUGGCCCGGCCUGCCGCCCUCAGCACUUGGGGCCGUGCCGAGGAAGGAUCAAGACCUCCUGCCCACCUUUAAGAACCAUGCCAACUGUGGAUGAUAUUCUAGAACAUAUAGGGGAAUUCCACUUGUUCCAGAAGCAGACAUUUUUCCUCCUAUCGCUGCUCUCCGUUGCCUUCACCCCCAUCUACGUGGGCAUCGUCUUCCUGGGCUUCACCCCCGAGCACCGCUGCCGGAGCCCUGGGGUGGCUGAGCUGAGCCAGCGAUGCGGUUGGAGCCUGGCCGAGGAGUUGAACUACACGGUGCCGGGCCCGGGCGCGGCGGACGAGGCCCACCUCCGCCAGUGCACGCAGUAUGAGGUGGACUGGAACCGGAGCGACCUGGGCUGUGUGGACCCGCUGGCCAGCCUGGCCGCCAACAGGAGCCAGCUGCCACUGCGGCCCUGUCAGCACGGCUGGGUGUACGACGCGCCCGGCUCCUCCAUUGUCACCGAGUUUAACCUGGUAUGCGCCAACUCCUGGAUGCUGGACCUGUUUCAGUCAGCGGUGAAUGUAGGGUUUUUCGUUGGUGCUGUGGCUAUUGGCUACCUAGCAGACAGGUUUGGUCGCAAGUUCUGCCUCUUGGUCACAAUCCUCGUCAAUGCUGUCUCUGGGGUUCUCAUGGCUGUGUCCCCAAACUACACGUGGAUGCUGAUCUUUCGCUUGAUCCAAGGGCUGGUCAGCAAAGCGGGCUGGCUGAUCGGCUACAUCAUGAUUACAGAAUUUGUCGGGCUGGACUACCGCCGAACAGUGGGGAUUUUUUACCAAGCUGCCUUCACCGUGGGGCUGCUGAUACUGUCCGGGGUGGCUUAUGCCCUUCCUUACUGGCGGUGGCUGCAGCUCACCGUUACUCUGCCCACCUUCUGCUUCCUGCUCUACUACUGGUGCAUACCGGAAUCACCCAGGUGGCUGAUCUCCCAGAACAAAAAUGGCAAGGCCAUGGGCGUCAUUAAGCACAUCGCCAAGAAAAAUGGAAAAUCAAUGCCGGCCUCUCUUCAGAGCCUGAGUGCAGAUGCGGAAGCCGUGGGAACGCUGCACCCUUCCUUUUUGGACUUGGUCAGAACCCCUCAGAUCAGGAAGCACACCUUGAUCCUGAUGUACAACUGGUUCACAAGCUCUGUUCUCUACCAAGGCCUCAUCAUGCACAUGGGCCUGGCCGCAGACAAUGUCUAUCUGGACUUCUUCUACUCUGCCCUGGUAGAGUUCCCGGCUGCCAUCAUCAUCAUCUUCACCAUAGACCGUGUUGGCCGCCGGUACCCUUGGGCUGGGUCAAAUAUGGUGGCUGGGGUGGCCUGUCUAGCUUCGGUGUUCAUCCCUGAUGAGCUCCAGUGGCUGAAAAUCACGGCAGCGUGCCUGGGGAGGAUGAGCAUCACGGUGGCCUUCGAAAUGGUCUGUCUGGUCAGCGCAGAGCUGUACCCCACCUUCAUCAGGAACCUUGGCGUCCACGUCUGCUCCUCCUUGUGUGACAUCGGCGGCAUCCUCACGCCAUUCCUGGUCUACCGCCUCACCGCCGUGUGGCUGCAGCUCCCGCUGGUGGUGUUCGCUGUGGUUGGUCUGAUCGCUGGAGGUCUGGUCUUGUUGCUACCUGAGACCAAAGGGAAGGCUUUGCCUGAGACCAUCGAAGAUGUGGAGAACAUGCUGAGACCAAGAAAAUAUAAAGAAAAGAUGAUUUAUCUCCAAGUCAAGAAAUCAGACACUCCCAGAAACUAAGGGGGAGGCCAACCAUGAGUCUCACUGAGCCUGGCUUUGUCAAUACAAGGCCAGAGCAAAAAUGUCAUCCCUCAGCACGGAGCUCGCACAAGUCAACCUUACUCAUCCCUGAGCUCUGUCAACCUGGAGCUAUCAGUUUGUUGUACUGCUGGGUAAAAUCUACCUGCAGACCAGCUCCUUCCAGGCAUACCAGCUCCCGCUGUGCUGGGCCUGCCCAGGACAAUGGCUGCUGGUUUGCUAGAACUUUCCUCACUAUCUUUGUAUUUCCUUAUUUGAAUCCCUUCUCUGUAAUGACAUCAAGCCAAAUACACAGGGGUGCUGUGGGCCAGGGAAACUAAUGAGAAACGAUUGAAAAACA